AUGAAGGUCAGUCGCCCAGAUUCUGACGAUCAGGUUUGUGGGUUCCGUUUCCCUCUCCCGCCUUUCCGAGAGACUAACCCUAAGGCCUGGUUUAACCAGCUAGAGUCCAUUUUUUCGUUACAUGGCGUUAACUCUGACAGCGUCAAAUUUCACUGCGUUGUCGCCGCGCUUCCCCCGCAAGUCGUCGAUGACCUCGACGACAUCUUGGAACUUCCGGAACAUCAGAAAAGUUACGAUGAGCUUAAGGCCGUCGUCUUAAAGCGAUUUGGCAUAUCAGACCAUGCUCGCGUCACGCAGCUUCUUAAUGAAACCGAGCUAGGGGAUCGAAAGCCUUCGCAGUUGCUGCACAAGAUGCAAGCUCUAGCUAAGCCUCUCGCUGUUGGCGACUCUUUCCUUAAAGAGAUGUGGCUUCGUUGCCUGCCACGUGACAUGCGCAAUCCCUUGUAUGCAAACGAUGCGCCUCUUCCUCAGCUCGCCGAUAUUGCCGACCGUAUUUGGGAAUCCAACGCCCAAAUAUCUCAGGUUCAGUCUACCUCCAGUACAGAGGUAGCAGAACUAAGAGCGCAAGUAUCCGCAUUGACCAACCGACUAGAGAAGCUAACACAAUCCGGAUCCAACCGCCGAAAUC